AUGGCAGGAGCAAAAGCGGGUAAGAAUGCAACUAAUGGGGCACCGGAGAAUCCAGUACCAGCUUUUGAGUUGCCGGAAAAACGCCGUACUAAGAAGUAUGCUCUCUGCUGUGCCACCCUAGCUUCCAUGUGUUCAGUUUUAUUGGGUUAUGAUAUUGGAGUAAUGACGGGAGCUGCACUUUACAUCAAAGAAGACCUCAACAUAAGUGAUACACAAAUAGAACUCCUAAUUGGAACCCUAAGCCUCUACUCUCUUAUUGGAUCAGCGGCAGCUGGAAGGACAUCUGAUUGGAUCGGACGUCGCUACACCAUAGUCUUUGCGGCUGUAAUCUUCUUCGUAGGAGCCCUCCUGAUGGGUUUCGCCCUAAAUUAUGCCUUCCUCAUGGUAGGCCGUUUCGUGGCUGGAAUCGGCGUUGGCUACGCUCUCAUGAUCGCUCCUGUCUACACGGCAGAGGUGUCACCCGCUUCGUGCCGUGGCUUCUUAACUUCUUUCCCCGAAGUCUUCAUCAACGUUGGAAUCUUGCUGGGCUACGUCUCUAACUUCGCCUUCUCUAGGCUUCCACUUCAUUUGGGCUGGCGUCUAAUGCUCGGAAUCGGAGCGAUUCCGUCGGUGUUUUUGGGAGUUUGUGUACUCACCAUGCCCGAGUCACCGCGUUGGCUUGUCAUGCAGGGUCGACUCGGCGAUGCCAAACGGGUUCUCGACAAGACCUCCGAUUCCUUAGAGGAGGCCCGGCUGCGACUCGCUGACAUCAAGGAAGCAGCAAGGAUUCCGGCGGAAUGCACCGAUGAUAUCGUGGCUGUACCGAAACAGAGCCACGGCGAAGGUGUUUGGAGAGAGAUCUUCCUCCACCCCACACCGGCCGUGCGACGUGUCGUGGUCGCUGCCGUCGGUAUUCAUUUCUUCCAACCAGCCACGGGGAAUGGUGCCGUAGUGUUGUACAGCCCACGGAUCUUUGAGAAGGCCGGGAUCACUAGUAAGAACAAGAAGCUUUUAGCAACCGUGGCCGUCGGAUUCGUGAAGACUAUCUUCAUCUUGAUAUCCACCUUCUUCGUAGACAAGGUUGGACGGCGAGUUCUGCUUUUGAGCAGCGUGGGAGGGAUGAUUAUCUCAUUGGCUUGUAUCGGGUUCGGGUUAACGAUGGUGGAAACCCACCCGGAUGAGAAGAUGGUGUGGGCCAUGGUUCUGUGUGUAACGAUGGUGUUGGCCUACGUGGCGUUCUACGCCAUUGGAAUGGGACCUGUCACGUGGGUUUACUGCUCGGAGAUAUUCCCGUUGAGGCUAAGGGCGCAGGGGUCGAGCAUUGCCGUGGCUGUGAAUCUUGUCACGGCCGGGGUGACAAACAUGACCUUCAUAUCUCUGUACAAAGCCAUCACCAUCGGUGGUAGCUUCUUCUUGUUUGCCGGAAUAUCAACAAUGGCAUGGGCAUUCUUCUUUACAUUCCUGCCGGAGACGCGAGGGAAAACCCUGGAAGAGAUGGAGGGUCUUUUUGGCAAGUUCAACUGGAGGGCCUCCUUCAAAAACAAAGGCAACAGCAAGGGCAAACAAGCCACUGCCACCACUAUUGGUGACGUUCAGUUUGUCACUAGUGGAUAAGUGUCGCAAUAUAAUCAUGAUAAUACUUGGGAACCAAAAACA